AUGAGUUCGCCGACUUCGGGAUUCAUCGCCGAGGCGGUCCUGCAACAGUUGGAGUCGCUGCUAUUCCGACAUCACAUGCCGAAGUUCUGGGCCCGGUAUGUAGAUGAUAGCUUCGUCGUUAUCGACCUGGAUCAACUGCUGACAUUCAAGAAGCAUCUGAAUGCGGUCUUCCCGGACAUACAAUUUACGAUGGAGGAGGAAGAGAACAACCAGCUGGCCUUCCUGGAUGUCCUCGUAUGUCGCAAUGAUUGUGGUGGACUAAAGCCCAAAGUGUUCAGGAAAGCGACAAAUACAAGGCAAGUACUAAACUUCAACAGCAACCACUCAAUCAGCCACAAACACAGUUGUGUAAGGACGCUUUAUAGGCGUGUUCAAACGCACUACAAUGAACCGGCAGACAAGAUUGUCGAACUACAAUAUCUCUGACGGGUCUUCAAAGCCAACGGAUACCCGCGCAACUUUGUCAACCGGUGCAUACACAAAAUGGACGAAAGGCCUAACCGCACGGACAGCAAAGUUUGGCUUGCGCUUCCAUAUGUCAAGAACGUUUCGUAAACUCUCGGCCGCCUUCACGCACAACUUGGAAUUGGAGUUGCACACAGACCGGAGGCCACUAUUAGGCGUCCGGUAAUGAGACCAAAAGACCCGCUGCUACGGCAAGAAACGUCUGGAGUGGUUUAUCGCAUCUGGUGCAGUUGCGGGCAAGGAAACUAUGUCAGAAAAACUGGACGCGAAUGACCGAACACGCGGCAGCGAUGCGCAGAAAUGACGCCUUGGCACUGGGUAUAGGUGAGGAGUAAGAGGAGAGAGUGUGGUAGAUGCAGUGCAAAAUUACUUCCACUAUAAAUUAACACACAGGUCACCGUUCCUGCUCCUACGUCGUUGUGGAGCACUCGGUGGACAACGUCAGUAACGACGGUCGAACUGUCGUGAGAAAGACUGGGGUCCGUGAAGCAUGGCACAAACAAAAACCGCGAUUGCUUCUACUUCUUGUCAACUAGUUCCUGGAACUCUCAUCUUCGCUUGCAUCGAUCAGAUACUUGUCAGGCCUGUUACACCUCAGGUUACAGCGGGUUAAUCUGCUCCGACUUACGACGUUAGGGAAUUAGUCCUGCUUGCCAUCAUGUGUUUAUGAGACGAACUUAAGUAGAUGCAGCGAAAGUUUACCGGCAAGUCACCGUCCCUGCCCCCACCGCUGCUGCUGUGAGGCACACGGUGGACAUCAUCGAAAUCGAUGGUCGUACUAUCAUGAGGCGAACCGCGUUUGGAUAUUUUGUGUUCAGUGGAGGGCUGUGGUAUCAGUCUUAUGUACACCACGGCUGUGCCACUGAGGGUUCUUCACAAACUAAAACGAAAACCAGUCAAUUUUGCAGAGCAGUACUAAUUAUCAUGACCAUCGAGGGAUUUUUUAUAGGAAGACAGCUUUGAUUGUCAGCUAACCGCUCUCUGUGAUAGUGACGUAGAUUAAUCUGCCAGACGAUUGGCGUACUGGCCGACAGUGAGAUCGCUAACGACAGUCAAGGCAUGCUUGAAAUGUCUGCCUAGAACAGAUUAUGGCGUAGCAGUCGGCACAGCAUGGCGUAUACGAAGAUGGCGGAGUCAAACAGAAGUUAAUCAUCCGAACGGUUGUGUAUCGUACAUCCACGAUGUAAAUAUCAAGAGAAAGUCUGGAUGAAAUUUGAUUGUCUGGCGAAACUUGAUGGGCCGCAGUUUCGAAAGAAUGCGAAACCACGUGAACCAUACAUUCGGGAAACACUAGCGGGCUGCAUAAGACGGGAGGCCGAUGUUUUUCAAUUGGAGGAAAACCAGACAAGCAGCCGACGAUUACCCAUUUUCAGGCGACUUGAGGAUCGGCGAGGAUGCUGUGGUUAAUGGAAUUGCUGCACCGCGUAUGAUGGAUGGUUUGGGCGUGGGGGGCCUAAAGUCGGGAGAAAUUGUAGGGGGGAAAGAUUCUUCAAUCGAGACUUGGGGGAAGGAGGAGGAGGAGGAGGAGGAGGAGGAGGAAGGGGAGUGGGAUGAGGACUACGUUAUGUGAUCUCUGCAAUGCGAUGGUGGGUAGAAGUAUCAUUGGAAGAGCGAAGAACACCUAGCCGCCAUGACAUCUCAAGCGGAAUGUCACUAUUCUACUGGGGCUUAAUUUAAACACAAACCUAUGAUGAGGGCAAAGCCCUUUCCUUAGCAUUUGAACCACUAAGGUGUGGCAGAAUGUAGCAUAGAGUUUGUAAUAUUUGAUAAUUUGUAAGAACAUGAACGAACUCGCAAGGUGUCCAGGAAUUAGUAAAUCGUCCAAAAUCUUUCAUUUGUUAGGUUAGCAUCCGCCUUCCUGUGUGUGAGUGGACCUCUUAUCGUGAUGAGCAUUCCUUGGAAUUUUUCGCAGUCUCAACCUGCUAACCCUCCUCCCCCCCGUCCUUGCGUGCGCAUUGAAAAUACGCAGUUGGUGUCUCGCUUCUUCUGCAAAAGAUUGUUUGUAAUCGCACUCUAGGGGAAAACAACAAGCAGGUUUCUGGUGGCGCAAUGCCUCUGCAGCUGACCCUGCGUCAGAUGCGUUUCAGCGACACAGGUAGUUUUGCCCCAAGUCCAGUGGGCGUUAUUAGCAGCCGGUACCUAUAAAAAAUGCCGACGUUGGCGACGUGACGUCACGCUCGAGUGCGGGCCCACAACAUGCCCACAUCAAGCAGUCCUCGCCAUCUUCUCGUUGUUGUGUUAAGUCGCGCUCAGUGAGCGUUUUGGACCUGGGGGCGUAGCGGUGCGACUUGAGGGAGCGGGAGUGCAUUUCGCCGUGUCAGACAUCCGCCUCCUCCCCCUCCCCUGCCACUCUUCUUUGCUCUGUCAUGACACGGGACCCAGGUGGAGAGGGGGGUAGGGGGAGGAGGAGGAGGAGGAGGAGGAGGAGGAGGGUGGAGUGCGGUAGAUGCUGUGCAAAUCUACUGUCCCUUCAAAAUAACUCACACGCAGGUAGCUGCCCCUGCACCAGACUGCACACGGUGGACGUCAUCGGCAACCAAUAUCGAACUGCACUGCAUUGCUUGAAGACCUAGUAGACUCUAAUUCCCUGUGCGUCAUGUGUGGGCGUUUUGUUGCUCACAUCUGCCUAGUAUCAGGGGAAAACAGGGGAUUGAUGUUGACCUAUCAGGAUGGUCAAGAGGCAUAUAAAAGCAGAGGGGUAGAACAAGUAUUCUCAUUCCUCCAGAUGAACAUGUAUAGUGCAUCUCUUGCCUGUCUGAUCCUAUCUCUGUCAAUCCUCGUCUUCACUGACAAAGUGUAUGUCUCGUCUUCGUUAUUCCUGCCUCAUCGACUACUUAUAUACAUUUAUAGUAGUGGUUGAAUUGUGUAAGGUUAGACUAGUGGAAUAAAUUGGUGCAGAUAUAUAUUGCAUUCUUUCCGAGAAAUCGAACACAAAUUAACAUAGCAGAUGUUGACAAAUAUGAAAUAAAAGCUGUGGACUAUGUAGUCCAUGAUAAUUAUGUUGCUCUGGUUUGCAGGCGAGCAGUGGGAAUAUGUGACUGGGACCAGCGGACGUACACUACGCUCGAGGGUAAAGCCGAAUUCAUGACUGUGCGCAGUGGGAGGUACUCGGUAAGCUGCCAUUUCUGUCAUACCAACAGUCCUAAUUGUGCUAUUUUUGUCGGUGUUUUUGUUGACCUGUAACAUUAAACUUUACCAUUUUUAUCUUCUUGACAGACCGGAUACAUUGGCGAAGUUCCGUUUGUCUCCAAGCGACUCAGCCAGACCACUUGUUACCUCGGUGACGUGGCAUUUAGAUGUGUGUACGCUAACAGUAAGUCGCAUGAAAAUGACUGCUAGUGUUAGUGCAGGAAAAUAUUGUUAGGCAACAGUUAAAAAAGGAAGAUAAACCGCGAUAUUUAUAAAUUUUCCUUCUAACCCCUAGAUGGCAGCAUUUUGGGAACGCAUAUAGUGGUGCCCAACAUCACCAAUGUGGACAGGAUAUACAUUGCCAGCACCUAUCCUGUCACAGUCCAUAGGAUCGAAAAGCACGUUCGGGACAAGUCCUCCAAAGGUUCGUCCACCAGUGCCUCAUUUCUUCGUUCAAGUCUAAGUUAUCAGUAGCAUUCUUAUUUGAAUUCCUGCUCUUCAUACAUAAGUCUCCCUCCAAUGUCCCGUCCUCCUCACUGAGACUGAACUACCGACAUUUUAGAUCGUUUUAUCGUCGAAGAAAAUAUGCACCUGACCAAAUGCCCCGAAUAUAUGCAAACGAAGCUGGUUUGGAAAUUCCCCGGAAGUGUGGCUGACAGGACAGAUGUAAGUAAUUGUCUGUCUACCACAACAAUACCCGUUCCCUGAGACAGUCAGGUUGCCAUAAUUAACUAAGUAUUCGUUUCUUUCCCGCCAGUUUGAAUGCUUUCGAGACGGCAGUAGACUAUGCAGAGGAACCACGACAACAAUGGAGGCUGGCAAAUGUGGUGAGUUGAGGGGAAUUCACUACGCAGUGCGCAUAUCUAACCUCCGUCUUCUCUGAUUUUUGAGUGACAUUUGCUUUAACCCAUAUACCGAUGUGUUCAAUUGUCAGCGCGUGUUGCCCUAUUCGACUAACACAUGUCUUAUUUGUGUAUCUGCAGAUGUGACCGUUGAUGGCGGCAAUCUUAUUCAUACUCGGACCGUGAAUGGAACCAAAAAUGUCCUCGAAUUUUUCUACUGCCACCUCAGUCCGUCAACGCCACAUCAUGCACUGACCUACAACAUAGAUUGGCGAGGUGAGUAUUUGCCAGAAUUGUUUCAUCGACUGGCGAGGGCAGAGUAAAUGGUUGGAAUAGGUUUGCUUCGCGAAACUAUCUACUUUAUUCAUCUAAGUAGGCGUUGUUCGGCACACUUUUUGAUCGGGAGCCAGUCAUGCUAUAGCACGACAGGAUGACACUAGAAAUUCAUGUAUGAAUUUGCAGACCUGACACCAUAAUCAAAGUUUUGAUGUUUCAGCCCGUCCGUGUCGUUCUUCGGUGCUGAAAAUUACACAUGUUUUAUUUGAAAAAGAAAUCCGUCACACGACUGAAGUACUUACUGGUUUAUACCUUGUAAUCUUUCAAUUUCAGCUUCGAAGCCGAUUCCGCCCGGGGGAAUACCGACAGACGCUCCAGGUAAUUUACAACACUUUGACAUGAGGAUUGUGAAAUUGUUCGGGAAGUAUAGACAUUUUUCCGAUUCUGACAUCUGUCCUGCACGUUGUACGUAACUGUGCCAAAUAUCAGAUCGCGUCCAUUUCUAACGAACCAUUGAUGAUCCAGAUGGUUAGCGAAAGCCCACACACUUUACGGGGGGAGGGAGGAGAGCGUAAUCGGUGAACUCAAACCUCUCAAAAGCGUUUCCUUAUUUUCAUCGCAUUGUUCUUUUUUCCAUUCAAUUCCCACAGUCACUGAACGACGACAUGCAAUGAAGACAACGUCCGCUGCCAAACACCUGACAGGUAAUGCUACAUUUCAGCGUGUUGGGAAAAAUCAUUCAUGGGUAAUUAAUCGCCCAACACUUCUCUCAUUCCAUCUUUGCUAACCUGUCGGAGUUAUUAUUGCCAAUGCCCCCGUCUAAAUUUUCCAUAGGGCUUAUGAUUCCCUUGAACGCUUAUUUCUGCUCUGUGUCAACGUGAAUUUCAAGUGAGCAUUUACACUUUUCUCCUUUUCAGCGCACAGUCUGGGAGCCUUGGUUGUGCUAUCCACAGUUCUAGCGAGACAACGCUGAGAAUCAAAAACUGCCUCAUUCGAAGAUUAACACUGCAGCGCUUAAUUAAAAAAAGAAGAUUCUACUUUCUUUUCCUCUUCCUCUCAUUUCAAACCUCUUACCAUGUAGUCACACCCAGCAAAUAUAUUUUUUUGUUAUGAGAAGCCCUCUUAACUUGUUCCGGAGUGAAACCUGGAGGCUCUACAAGACUGUAGUGUAGGCUACGAGGUAACAGCCUGUGCUGGGGGGGGGAAGUGAAUGUAUUGGAAUCUGAACUGUCGCCAUGGGGAACCGACGCAGCAGUUCGCAAUGGUCGUGAACACAAAGAUCCCCAAAUCUGAAGUCAGAGAAGACGGACUGGUGAAGAAGCAGACAUGAUCGCUGAGACAAGAGAUUUAUCCGACCGACGUUUCGGACUCCUGCUCGAGUCCAUCAUCAGUGACAAUGGCAGACAGGGGGUUGGGUUAGACAGGCUUUACUGUUGUAAAAAGGCGCUCGGUAGUCACAGCAAGUUGUCGUCGCAAGUUGUCUCUUCAAACGUGUUGUGCGCGUCAGUGUGUCCGCCGUUGGGGUUCUUUGGCGUCUUUGCUUUUUCCAAGUUGUGGCCGCCUGUAGCCAAUCAGCGAGGGAGCGUGGCUGAUUGACUUCGAGUUCUCGCAAGGCCAGUAACAAGCCUCGUGCGGUCCCCGCAGCGAACCGGCAGAGGACGUGGGGCGAGCAGAAGGGCAGCGCGACAGGGCAGCGGCGAUCAAGUGAGCAGACUGCCACGGGGCUACCUGCUGCCUCUAUUUAUGCAGACUAAAAGAGACUGUAGUCUGCUUCAGUGUAAAAUAUAAAAACCAUGAAGAUCACUGCUAGAGUAAUGUUCUUGAAGGUGCAGUUUCCGCUCUAAAACGUCUUCGAUCGUGAUGAUAUUUCUACCGAGUCGCCGAGAAACAGUCGAACUGCCAAGAAACUUAGUUCUAGAUCCCGUCAUGUUUCAUUCUCGCACAUCAAAGUGGCACACAGUAGAUGAGUUGGACAAACAAGGGGUAUAGAUUGGCCUCCGACAGGCAUUAACGGGAAUGCGCACCUAUAACAAAUCUCAGCGCUGUAGGUCCAUUUGCAAGCUCAUGUCGCGCCAGUAGAGAUCCAAACCGCCCCCUCUCUUCUUGUCGCGUAGAACGCUUGUCAGUGCGCGUUGUGGACAGGAAGAUGUAGAGGCACGUCUAGGGUUUGAUUUUGCUGUGCCAGAUACCUGCGGACUUUCCCACCUCCGGUCGUCUUGACUCUGUCACCACACCGAGUCCCAGUGGAGGAGGAAUACGAGGAGGUGAUGAGACAUUUGCUGCGCAAGUCCACUCUCAUUAGAGAUUAAUUCAAUCGCAAUUCACAUCCCUGCUCUCGCCCUGCCAUGGAGACCACGGUGGACUUAUUAGAAAUUGACGUGAAAACUACCGUGAUGACAUGGCGGUUAUGUUCUUAUACAUCCUUUACUCUUAUUUGCGGCUGUCACUGAGUGAGAGCCCGAACCUGUAUUUUCGCUCUCUCACUAUCUUCAUUUCCUCCGCCUCUGCCACUUUUUGCUAAAGGAGAUGAAGUGAUGACAGAAUUAUAUGGAUUCCUACUGCGUUAUAAAUCACCUCACUGCUACCCAAAUAAUCAUGACAUGCGCGGAUCUAUGACGGAGUGCUAUAAUUUGUAGCAAGGAAAACGGUCAAAUGAAGAGGCAUUUCGAAUCUUCUUCAAACUUGUAGUCGCGCCACAAGAUCGCCUUCUUAAUAUGGCAUUUGGGACACUAUCGCCUGGAUGGAGACAUAGGCACCUCAAUCUACAACCUCGUAUACGAUGAGUUGGGAAUCCGGCUGUACGGCACACACGUACACGACCUCCAUAGUCUUGUCAGUUGCCUUUCCUUUAGAUCACGGUGGGCGGUGACCUGAUCUGUAGCCAGGAUGCACUGAAAGACCGCCUCCCUGAUAUACAACUCCGUAUCCCAAUUACCCUUGCUGAACGAAAGUGCUGGGGCACCAGUCGACGUUGUCGCGUGCGACAGUCGGUGUGGGGAGGAUAUCGAUUUUUCACUCUCCUCUUAUUGAACGAACACACGCAGGUCCGCCGAGUUCAUUUUGUUUCCUUGAGGGGGUAAGACGCAUAAAAAGGCAAACUAAUCCUAUUUCUACUGAUAACUGUCAAUUGCGUCAGUAUGUCACCUAGAUAGAAAGUAUUGAAAUUCACAAACUUGAUCAAUACGGACAAAGUUUCAGCAAGCAGACUCUCUAAUUCUCUCAAAUACCAGAUGAUCCCGCAUUCAAUUAAAAUCUCGUGAUUUUAAAGAGCCACUAUUCGACGCAUUGCACAUGUAGGUUUCACUGGUUGUCGACAGCGAAUUUACUUCCGACAAUUCUGCCUUCAGUUCUGAUCUCAUCGAUUCUUUUUCUCCUUACCCUGGUAUAUUUUAUGUGAGCUUCAACAAUUAUUUGCAGUUUUGCUAUGAUACCCACGUGUACAUUGACGAAGUAAAAUUCGGCAAAUGCACAUAUCGAUUAUUCCCAUCGGGAGAGUGCAGUAAUAAAAUUAACUCAAGGUAAACCCGUCGCCUCAACUCUACUAUUGUGAGUAUAUAUUCAACUGCCAGCAAAAGAAAAGUGUUCUCAAGACGAACCUGCAUAUGUCCGCCGAGUUCAUUUAUCUACUUGAAGGUGUAAGACGUAUAAAAGGCCAAUUGGUCCUAUUUGUGGCUGGUAAGUGUCGACUGCGUCAGUAAGUCACUUUGAUACAAAACUUUAAAGUCUAAAAACUUGAGCAAUAGGAACAAUGUUUCGGCAAACACCAAAUGCUUGCGCAAUUAAGUAAAGCCACGCUAAUUUAGAGAGCUAUUAUUUGACAAACUUAUUUCCAAUAAUGCUGCCCACAGUUGCGAUCUCAUUGAUUCCACUUCUACUAAACCCGGUGUACUCGACGUGGACUUCAAAAAUUAUUGGCAGUUUUCUGGUACUAAACCAAGAUUCCAACCGACAACAACAACACUACAAUGGGUCCGAAAGAUGACGAGGAUGACUGGGCAACCAUGCUAAACAUCUGUAUACACAGCGGAAGCGCAAGCGCAUCUACCGACAGGGAACCAGCCGUCGGGGAAUUGACAGUGCACGCAGGACUAAGAUGAUCAUGGUUUGAUGACCGAAGGUCAUUUCCGUAUCUCACCACCUCGCUGGUGAUGUUGUUUUCGGCAUCUACUUUGCCAAAACUCCCUUCCCACCCACACAUCCCUUAACCCCCAUUUUUCACUUCAAGUCAAACAACAGCUCCAUAGCAAUCGUCAGGCUCCAUUGUGUGCCUUAAACCUGCUCUCCCAUUCUGUCUCACGUGCUCAUUUUCACUCUACACACCACGCCACCUCGCUGGUAGAAGUGUUUUUAAAAUCCUUUCCCUGACACAAAGAGGCGCUGCACGAAGUGUCGGGAAUUUGGUGGAGGUGCUUUUGUGCCAAUUCCAUCUGCCGCCCUUGCCUGUGUUCCGCAAUAACAAAUACAAAGUAAUUCUAGUAGUCCAAAUGAAAACAGCUCCUGCAAUUGAGUACUUCUUCCUUUAGGUGGUUGAAAUUUAUGCUUAAGGACGUGUGGACAGUGAGCCUAGUUACAUCGUUUUCGUGCACAUGACAGUUAGUCAGCUGUUGCCCUCAACCUGCCUUUCCACACCUCCCACAUACAUCACAAUUUCCUCAUGUGCUACCGGUCGUCGGGUUGAAAUCGUCCCUAUUUCCUAAACCUGGUAAAAUCUAUGUAGACUCCAACAAUCAUUAUGGGUACGGCGACUGCCUAAGACUCGGGACAGAAAGUGCGACGGCAACGGUAGGGUGUAGGACCCUACCACUGUCCGCUGAAAUUCACUGUGACGGUAAACAUCGCUUAUCUGCCGCUACUAUGGGCUGAGACUUCCAUGCCUUCGUGACUGAACGUAACCUUACUGUCGGCGGUUUAUUCAAAGUCCGUUAUUUUCGGAAAUUGCUGUCUGGAUGUGCGGAACUCAUUCGAAACCGCAGCGCCCACUCUCUGGCAGGUCAGUUCGCGGGCAACCGAUGAUGUCCUGCUAUCGGUACGGCAUCCUCUCGGGUUGUCCAAAACGGAACGAACACUUUAGAAUGUCGGAGUAUGUCCACUCACUUUGGCUGCCUGUAAGGAGAUAGGAACAAUGUCAACCGGACGACCGGUAGCACAUGAGGAAAUUGUGAUGUAUGUGGGAGGUGUGGAAAGGCAGGUUGAGGGUCGCAGCUGACUAACUGUCAUGUGUACGAAAACGAUGUGACUAGGCUCACUGUCCACACGUCCCAAAACAGAACUUUUAACCACCCAAACGAAGAAAUACCCAAUGGCAGGAGCUGUCUUCAUUUCGGCUACUAGAAUUACUUCGUAGUUGUUCGUGCGGAAUACAGGCAAGGGGGCAGAUGAAAUUGGCACAAAAACACCUCCACCAAAUUCCCGACACUUCGUGCAGCGCCUCUUUGUGUCAGGAAGGGGCUUUUAAAAACACUUCUACCAGCGAGGUGGCGUGGUGUGUAGAGUGAAAUUGACCACGUGAGACUGAAUGGGAGAGCAGGUUUAAGGCACACAAUGGAGCCUGAUGAUUGCUAUGGAGCUGUUGUUUGACUUGAAGUGAAAAAUGGGGGUUAAGGGAUGUGUGGGUGGGAAGGGAGUUUUGGCAAAUUAGAUGCCGUAACCAACUCCGCCAGCGAGGUGGUGUGAUGCGGAAAUGACCUUCGAUCAGCAAACCAUGAUCCUCUCAACCCUGUGUGCACUGUCAAUUCUCUGGCACCUGUUCCCUGUCGGUAGAUGCGCAUGCGCUCCCGUUAGCAUGGUUAGCAUGGUUGCCCAGUCAUCCUCGUCAUCUUCCGGACCCGUUGGUUUGCUGUUAUUGUCGGUUAGAAUCUUGAUUUAAUAGCAGCAAACUGCUAAUAAUUGUCGAAGUCCACGUCGAGUACGCCGGGUUUAGUAGAAGUGGAAUCGAUGAGAUCGCAACUGUGGGCAGCAUUAUUGGAAAUAAGUUUCUCAAAUAAUUGCUCUCUAAAUUCGCGUGACUUUACUUAAUUGUGCAAGCAUUUGGUAUUUGCCGAAACAUUGUUCCUAUUGCUCAAGUUUUUAGACUUUAAAGUUUUGUAUCAAAGUGACUUACUGACGCAGUCGACACUUACCAGCCACAAAUAGGACCAAUUGGCCUUUUAUACGUCUUACACCUUCAAGUAGAUAAAUGAACUCGGCGGACAUAUGCAGGUUCGUCUUGAGAACACUUUUCUUUUGCUGGCAGUUGAAUAUAUACUCACAAUAGUAGAGUUGAGGCGACGGGUUUACCUUGAGUUAAUUUUAUUACUGCACUCUCCCGAUGGGAAUAAUCGAUAUGUGCAUUUGCCGAAUUUUACUUCGUCAAUGUACACGUGGGUAUCAUAGCAAAACUGCAAAUAAUUGUUGAAGCUCACAUAAAAUAUACCAGGGUAAGGAGAAAAAGAAUCGAUGAGAUCAGAACUGAAGGCAGAAUUGUCGGAAGUAUAUUCGUUGUCGCCAAGCAGUGAAACCUACAUGUGCAAUGCGUCGAAUAGUGGCUCUUUAAAAUCACGAGAUUUUAAUUGAAUGCGGGAUCAUCUGGUAUUUGAGAGAAUUAGAGAGUCUAUUUGCCGAAUCUUUGUCCGUAUUGAUCAAGUUUGUGAAUUUCAAUACUUUCUAUCAAGGUGACUUACUGACGCAAUUGACAGUUAUCAGUAGAAAUAGGAUUAAUUUGCCUUUUUAUGCGUCUUACCCCCUCAAGGAAACAAAAUGAACUCGGCGGACCUGUGUGCGUUCGUUCAAUAAGAGGAGAGUGAAAAAUCGAUAUCCUCCCCACACCGACUGUCGCACGCGACAACGUCGACUGGUGCCCCAGCACUUUCGUUCAGCAAGGGUAAUUGGGAUACGGAGUUGUAUAUCAGGGAGGCGGUCUUUCAGUGCAUCCUGGCUACAGAUCAGGUCACCGCCCACCGUGAUCUAAAGGAAAGGCAACUGACAAGACUAUGGAGGUCGUGUACGUGUGUGCCGUACAGCCGGAUUCCCAACUCAUCGUAUACGAGGUUGUAGAUUGAGGUGCCUAUGUCUCCAUCCAGGCGAUAGUGUCCCAAAUGCCAUAUUAAGAAGGCGAUCUUGUGGCGCGACUACAAGUUUGAAGAAGAUUCGAAAUGCCUCUUCAUUUGGCCGUUUUCCGUGCUGCAAAUCAAGGCUCUCCGUCACAGAUCAACGCAUGUCAUGAUUAUUUGGGUAGCAGUGAAGUGAUUUAUAAGGCAGUAGGAAUCCAUCUCAUUAUAACAUCACCGAAGAAGAAGAAGAAGAAACGGAGGAGUAAUUGGAGGAGGAGGAGGAGGAGGAGGAGGAGGAGGAGAAGGAGAGGGAAGAAAAUACGGGGGACCAGAACGAUAAUUUUACUAGCCUGCGUCUUCGGAUUCUCACUUGAACCAACAAACAUUGACAAUCGGAAAUAGGGGUAAUGGAGUCAUAAGGACGUAACCGCCAUGUCAUCACGGUAGUUUGCACCUCGAUUUCGACUAUGUCUACCGUGUGCUCUACAGCCGUGUGAGAUCAGGGACGAUGGCUUGCAAGUGAAUUAGUUCAUACUGAUGGUAGACUUGCGCAGCAUCCCUCGCUCUCUCUCCUUUUACAUCUCACCGUCCUCCACUAGGACCCAGUGUGGUGACAGAGUCAUGAAGACCGGAGGUUGGAGAGGGCGCAGUUUUCUGGGGCGGCGAAAAACCGCCUCCAGACGUACCUCUACCUCCCCUUGACUAUAAAGCGCACUGGCCAGGGUUUUACGCAACAUGAAUAGAGGGGACGGUUUGGAUUCGAACCGGCGCGAAAUGAGCUUGCAAAUGGGCCUGCAGUCACAUCCCCAGUGUUGGCAUUUCUUAUGGUUGCGCAUUCCCGUUAAUGCCUGUUGGACGCCAAUCCGGACCUCUCUGUUUGUCCAACUCAUCUACCGCGUGACACUUUGAGGAGCGAGAAGGCAACAUGACGGGAUCUAGAACUAGGUUCUGAUUACCAAUCCUGGUCGAUAAGUGGAGAGUUGGGUUUAAGCAUAAUUGUCAGUUCUGGGUAGAGCCAAAAAGAAAUUUACAGCACAAUAAAACUGCUCGGCUUCUCCGGACACACACUGCUAACAAUUUGUAUUGUGUCCGGUCUACCUGUUCAGAGAAAGGUUCCUUGAACUGUUCUUGACUGUACAAUUGUUUCACCGCGUCUAGGUGUCGGUUUUUGCCGUGACUUGACAAUGAUACGGGACCCAGGAGGAGGGGAGUGAGAAGAGAGUGCGGUAGAUGCGUCACAAACUAUGGUUCCCGCUCUUGUUCUCAUGUGGAGCAUACGGAGGACAUCGUAGAAAUCGACAGUCGAACUGUUGUGUGAGCUCAGAUGGAGAUAAAUUAGGAUUGGUGACGUUACAAGGUGUAAAUUGUCACACCAGCAAACGCGAAUCCAGCAAGUGCAUUCAUUUCCAGAACAUGUUAUAAUCACUUAGCCUACUAGAUGGUCCAUCCGGUCCUGGAAUUUUCACUUUGAUAUAGUGAUCAUGACUAAAUGACCAUCAUCACCUACCCUGAAAGAUCCUCAAUAGCGAGAAUUAAGCGCGAGUUUAAUGACCCCGACGAGAUCAUAUUCCCAUGUUUUGGAAUUUUUUAAUCUUCAGCAACCACACUUCUGUAAAUCGUUCGCAGGGAAAAAAGUGUCGAUUAGAUGGCUUCCUCAGUCUCUACAUGUACUCAACAUUACGAAAAACAGCCGUUAAACGUAAGAAGCUGAUUGCUAAUUAGGCCUCAUUCCACCCGACUUUAGGCCUACUGGAUACCGGGUGGACCAGGAAAUAUUAAAGUGCCUCUUCGGAUAAGAUCGUUUCGUGGUGUUUCGCAGAAUUCUCAUGGAGCCGUUCAAGCUGUCGUGUAGAGGCGUGAAGGCGAUGUCCCAUUAGUGUAGGUUUCACCGACAUUUCUAACUGGAAUAUACAUUCGGCUUGCAUGGGUUGGUUUCCCGCUAAGCCGGAGCUUCGGCUGGGGUGACACUGAAACCUAAGACAUUCCAGUUCAUCAUUAGAAAUUUAACUUAAGUGUCCUAAAACCACAGGCUUCCUGAUUACAACAAUGUCUACUCCAGGGUAAGUGAAAAUGAUGUUUAACUGAUUCAACCUUGGGUCCUCAAGGACUGUCGUAUAGAGACGUGCAGUCAGUGCAGGUGCUGAGAGUUUCACUGAAAAGGCUGAGUAGACGGGAAGGAGAGCAAGACCUGGCAGUGAGGAUUUGUCGGAUCUUUCGCAUUGUGGUGCUGGGUCGCAGGCGGGUAGUCCACAGCCCCUUCAAUCCGCUCUGAUUUUUGAAGCAUACGCCGCUAAGCCUUGGUAAUUUCCGCUUUCCACGAACACCGUUUUGGACUUUAACCGUUUAGAGGCGGUCGCAUGGAAGUUACAUGGCAGUCCAAUUGAUACAUUGCGAAAAUUUUCCUUAGCGUGAGCUCGAUAGAAAUAUCGUUACGACUGAAGACCUCCGAGAUUAAAAACUGUAAUUUCUAGAAAGUAACUCAAGCAGUUAAUGUAUGGUUCUUUAAGGCGGCAGGUGGCCCCGUGGCAGUCUGCUCACUUGAUCGCCGCUGCCUUGUCCCGCUGCCCUUCUGCUCGCCCCAGGCCCUCUUCUGAUUCGCUGCGAGGACCGCACGAGGUUUGCCACUGGCCUUGCAAGAGCUGGAAGUCAAUCAACCACGCUGCCUCGCCGAUUGGCUACAGGCGGCCACAACUUGGACAAACCAACGACUCCAAAGAACCCCAACGGCGGACACACUGACGCGCACAACACGUUUGAAGAGACAACUUGCGGCGACAACUUGCUGUGA